GAGAAUGCCCGUGCUGGGCUGACACUGUAGCGACACGGGCUGAGCAGACAUGGAGGCCCGACCAACGAGGGAGGCCCGUGCUGACACAUCCCGGCUCAGCUAACACAGCGUCGGAAGUGGAUUUUUGGGACAUCGCGGACGACGUACACGCCACUACUCGCUCACUUGGAGUAAUGCUUGUUGGCCACCGAGUUGCCACAACCGAACCGAGGAAGGAGACGGGGCCAAAUGAUGUGAAUACAAUUUGUGGAAAACCAGAAGAGUUGAAGGACGGAGUGAGAGGACUGAAGUGACGGACGGCAAAGGAUAGAAAACCCUGUGGAAACUAAAAAGGAGAGCAUCGUUAUCCCCUUCCCCCUUUCCCUCCUCCUUCCCUAUCCCACUCCCAAGCCUAUAUUCUUCACAGGAUACACCUUUUGAACUCACGCUGCCCUGAAGUCAAGAUGGAUCCGAAGAUUCACGGGAGAACUGCCACGCCGCCGCCGCCGCCUCCUCCUCCUCCUCUCUCAGCUGUUCCUUCUGGAGAGCGAGAGAAAGAAGGAGGCAUUGGAAAUAAAGACGAUGAGGAGGAGAAGAAGCGGGAUAAAGAGAAAGAGACUUCUGCUACAGCUGAUGGCGCAGGAGCAGGCGCUCAAAGUGGCCCUGACCAGUCACAGUUCUCCAUCAAGGAGAGUAGCCUGUCGGAAGGCAAUGUCAAACUGAAGAUUGGCCUUCAAGCAAAACGCAUGAAAAAACCUCCCAAGAUUUUGGAGAAUUACGUAUGCAGACCAGCCAUUAGGGCAACAAUGAGGAAUACGGGACGGGGAGGAGGUGCCGCGCGAGGGAAUCGUGCCGGGAAUACAAAUGAUGGGCCGGGUAACCGGAGCCAGAGUCCUUCUCGUGUCAGGGAAAAGGACAAGGAAGCGAGUCCAAAUGUCAACAGAGCAAUCCAGUCAUUAUCCUCAUCUUCCAAAGUCCCGCCGCCGCCACCUCCACCAACCAGCACAACUGCCGUGCCACCUUGUCAAGUGAAUGGCAGUGCACCAGGAAAACGAGGUCCACCAAAGAUGGAUUGCCCGUCUGACACAAAGUCAGACACUAAAGCAGGUGCCGCCACUUGCGAACGCCCCCUCAAUCUUCAUCGCCCUUUUCCAGACAGCAAACUUCAUCCUUCUGGGAAGAAAACCCCAACUCUGCAGCAUACCCCUCGGUCAUCCGCACCCUCUUCACCGUUACCCGCGUCGAAAGAAGCGAGCUGCGAAGCCCUUAAAGCGCCACAAUACACAUACAGCAAUGAAAGUCAAAGAGAUAAAGACAAGGCAGCUCAAGGCUGGGGAGCGCCUACAGUCACUGAAAAAUUAGCUCAACUCAUCGCCAUUUGCCCGCCAUCAAAGAGCGGCAAGCCUGCCAAAGUGUCGGCUAAGACUGACGCCGCUCCAUCCCUCUCCAGCUCAGGUUUUAUGACACCCACGGCUAAGCAGCGAGAUCGGGCAAUGGCCAAUAGGAAUACCUAUUCCAGAAUGGUUCACCUUUCUCCCCCCCUACCGGUGUCGCGGCCACCAGGUCGGCCCUACGGCUCCAGGAACAAAGACAUGGUGGAAACCUCGCCCGCCGCCGCCGCCGCCGCCGGCUUGACACCAGCCAGGAAGGAAGACACGGAUGGCACUGGGAAAGCGAGUAGCAGCAGUAUUAACGUGAACAGCAGUAGCAGUCGCAGCAGCAGUCCUGCACUCCUAUACGGCAAUAACAGAUUGCCUUCUCUGUCAAAGGACGUUAACAGCGACAACGGUAGCGUUCCUAAACUCCAGUCUCGUCCAAUUCACUUCUCUCCCCAGCCCGCAGCUUUGUGCAUUUCUCCUGUUGCAUCCUCUCCUACCACCACCACCACCACCACCACCACCGCAGCUGAGCAGAGGACUUUGAGUCACGUGAGCUCCCCCGCCGGCUCGCAAGCCAACCACGCAGGAGAGAGCCCUGCUUCCACGGAGGAAGGCAUCGCAAGUCUCAGGCAACAAGGCAGCCCCAGAGAUUGCUGUCCUCUUGCAAAGCCUGACAGGAAAGACAAAGGCGCUAGCAGUCAGUCGUUGCAAGGUGAGGGCGACAAGAGCAAAAGUCCAUCCAAGCGCAGCCCCAAUAGGGAUGGGAGUCGCAUGGGCCGGACCGGCAGCCCUGCCGAGUCCGUAAGGCCUAGAGCUUCUUCUUCACCCGAGCCGGAAGGUGAAGACAGCCCUCCGACUCCUCUUCGAGACGAUUCUCUGGAUUCGUCCGUAGAUUCCGCAACAGAUCAAGACAGUAAACCCCUUAAGAAACGUCGAGGAAGGAAGCCCCGUUGGGGCCGUGUUAUGAACAAGGUCCAUAGUCUGGCCAGAGUGGGCUUCGACAGUCCCUUUGACCAGGGCAAAAGCACCUUGCCUUUAUCUUUCAGUCAGGAAAGGUCAACUCCAAUCAAGAGACCCGUGGGGAGACCUCCAAAUCCAAAUAAACUCAAACCAAAUCCUCUGGCGCAAACGUCAGUGUCACGUCUCUUCACCGCAUCGCCCCAGGGCAAAAAAAGGGGCAGGCCCAAAUCGCGGAUGCCGAGGCUCGACGCCGCAUCCCGUGGACGCUCCCAUCAUAAAUUGGCUCCAUCGAAGGUUUAUUCGCCUUUUUUGAAGUCCAAAGAAGAGCAAGACCCCCCUGUGCUUCAUCCAGAAGUUGACCUCAACCCCCCGAAAGCUACCCCUCGCAAGCGUGGACGCCCCAAGCGCCUACCACCUACUUUACCCGAAGAGUGUCAGCCUCCCACCCUGGCUCCUGAGGCAGGGGACCUUGUCGGCGACAAACGCUAUCACAGCAAAGGAAAUGGCCAGCUUAUUAUGAAAACAAUCAUAGGCAAGAUCAAUAAGAUGAAAAGUGUCAAGCGCAAGCGGAUUCUCAGUCAAAUCCUUUUAGGACCCAGGAAAGAAGACCCCCCCAAAGUGUCUCCGAGCGCCGUGGUGGGCUCCGCGCAAGCCGCCACUCAUUCUUUGUCCUCCCUGGCUGCUUCCCUCGGGGGGAAACUGGGACCACAAAUUAACGUGAGCAAAAAAGGCACCAUCUAUAUGGGCAAGAGGAGAGGGCGCAAACCAAAAAGCGUCACAGCUCCACCAGAGCCCUUCUUGUGCCCCAGCAUGACUUCUCCUCUGCAUCACCAUCCGUCUCAGCACCAGCACCAGCAUUCCUCUUCGGAGAUAUUUCCCUCGCCUUCUCUUUCGCAGUCCAGCGGCGGCCAUAGUCCCAUCAGCGACGGCAGCUUUGUUGAGCCAGGCUCGGUGCACUUUGCCGCUCACUCUCACUAUUCGGGCGGUAGUCACGGCACAUUUGCUUUCCCCCCGCCAACUUUUUCAGCUCCAAAUCUUCGCAGCCCGCUCCUCGGCUCCUCUUUGAAUAUGGCCACGUCGCAGAAAAGGUCCUCGUUCCGUGGCUUCCACCCCCAGCCCCACUCCCACUACAGGCAGCAGCACUACCACUACCACAAGCUUUCUCCUCCACGGCCGCUCCAUCCCACCUCACCGGCUCCCCUUAGUGAGCUGAAAGAAGCCACUCCAUCCCCAGUGAGCGAGUCCCACAGUGAGGAGACGCUGCCCAGUGACAGCGGUAUAGGAACAGACAACAACAGCACCUCUGACCGUGGGGAGAAAGCUGGAGGAGCGGGCGCCCUGGGCGCAAUGGGGAUAGCGGCCGGGUUCAGCGGCGGAUUAUUGAUGCCCGGCGGCGUUCUGGCUUCAUCCGUGGCUUUGGGACUUGGCGGCGCAAGGGGCAGGCGACGCCACUCCACUGUACUCGUGGACCGUAGCUCACCUUCUCCCUCGCCACGUAUGACAAGGUUAUCGCCCGAUCCGCGGAGAGCUCACCCUGCAGCUCCUUCGACCUCCAUAUUGGGUCACAAGGAAAAACAUAAGCAUAAAUGUAAACGCCGUAGCCACGGGUGCCCCCCGGGCUAUGAAAAGCUCAAGAGACAGAAAAGAAAGCGCAAGAAGAAAUACCUGCAACUGCGCUCGCGGCGGAUCGACCCCAACUUUCUGGCCCAACUGGAUGAGAUUGUCAUAAGGAUGAGUGAAAUCCGCAUCACGCACCGGACCACCGGGCACCGUCUCGGCGGCGUAGCCCCGGGAGCAAAUCGGAUCCCGGGAGCGGGCAACCGUGCCGCCGGCAUGGGCGGUACCGGCGGCCCUCCACCUCAUCAUUACGUUCACCGAGAUCUCCUCCCCACAAUCUUCAGGGUCAAUUUUGGCAGCUUCUAUUCCCAUCCCGCCUACCCUUGCGAUCCAUUGCACUACGUUCGCAAACCAGACUUGAAAAAGAAACGGGGGCGCCCGCCCAAACUCAGCGAGUCCAUGUCAGAAGUUCCUUUUGUACCCGGGCUCGGAUUCCCACUCUCCAGCGGAGGCUUCUACCAUCCCUCUUACAGUGUUCCUUAUUCCUCCGGACCCCUGGGAUUGGGCUACUAUAGGGGCUACCCUCCGGCCAGCGCUCUAUAUCCUCACCCCCACCACCAGUCACCCCACACGGCUUCCGGCCACCACUCGCAUCACUCGCCGACCUUCCCCCCUCCCCCCCCUACAUCUUACAUGCAUCAUCACCACCCCUCUCAUCUUCUCUUAAACCCUUCGAAAUUCCACAAGAAGAAGCACAAGCUGCUUCGGCAGGAGUACCUCGGAGGACGCGCGCCCGUUCUCUACCCGCCCAUGUCCUCGGAGCUGUCUUUCAACUGGCACCACAAGCACAAACAUCGACACAAACACCGAGAGCGAUGCGCAGAUGAGGGCGAGGAAGAAGAAGAAGAGGAAGAAGAAACGGUGGGCGCAUCUGUCAACCGUGCCGGGGCAGGCUUGGCUGACAGCGGAGCAUCAGCUAAAGGAGAGAGAGUGGGGAGCUUGGGAAUGGCCGAGUCUUUGCAACGAUGCCGCUUUGGCCGGAGCGCCCCCGCCAGCAAGCAAGCAGGCAUCAUCGCUUUAGCCAAUUCGCCGUCUUCGUCGUCAUCUCCUGCAGAUAGGUACAAGCGCAAAGAAAGCUCACUAUCCUGUUUGGGACCCUCCAGGCUAGCUCUGGGCAGCAGCUCCAAAAGCCAGCACCCGACAGAGUCCUGGUUCAGGAUGGGCUCCUCCGACACCGACUACUCAAAGCUCUCGCGUCGUCACGGGCUUCCCGGUCAGGGGCGCUUCUCAGACGGGAGGCCGGAAGAACCAGCCGCUUGCUCUGACAGCGACGACGAUGGAGCGCUCACACCCGCGGAAGAUGUGGAGACAAGAGAUUCUCCUAAUCUUACCAAUCUCUUUGCUUCUGCUCUCACUCGUACCAACUUGAGGGGGUGCAGGAACAGAAAGAAUGACAUGGCGCCAGAGAACCACAACAGCUUCUCCCGUAUGGACCGUACGUCACGGAAAGAGCGCUCGGUAUCAACGGAGAGAAGAGAAUUAGGGCCUGCAAGUCUCCAGACAAGAGGCGGUGUCCUCUCCAAUUCGGAAGGGCCCGAAGGAUCCCUGCACCACCGACAACAGCUCCAUCAGCAGCCUCCUAUGUUUUACUCGCAUGGCUCGGCAUCCUCUUCCUGCCUUUCCCCCUCCCGGGACUGUUGCCCGGACGCCUCCCUGCCCCAUCGAUCGCAGCAGUCCAAGCACAGUCUCCACCACGUCAACAAAAUCCUGCGCGCUAAGAAGCUGCAGAGGCAAGCCCGUACGGGAAACAACAUGGUGAAAAAGAGGGGACCCGGGCGUCCCCGGAAGCACCCGUUACCUUCGCCGUCGCCGCCGCCUCCCGCCGUCCAAUUCAAUCCGGCGCGGCACAGAGUGGGAGAGCGGCCGGGCGGAGGGAGAAUCUGGGACGGGGAUGCCGUCAAAGACACCAUCGAAGCCGUUGUCAAAGAGCAGCGGGGUAGCAGAGGACAAAAAAGGAAACACUGGGAGAGAGAUGACGUUGAGGAAGAAGAGGGAGGAGAGGUGGAGGACACCGUGGAGCCGUUGCCAGACAGGGAAGAAAAUGCGGGCAACCUGAUGGCAAGGUCCAGACCGGGAUCUGGAAGGUGCUGGCUCGCCCAGGAUGAGAUCAAUCACUUCCCCGCCGGCUCAGUGGAGAAUAAGCCAGAUGGCCACAUCUCCACGCAACACCAAGAAAGUGUCUCCAGGGAACAAACGUCAGCCAUCCCCAUAACCACCCCACGGGAAAAGAGACCAGCCAGACCUCCAAAGAAAAAGUUCCAGAAGGCCGGGCUUUACUCUGAUGUCUUCAAGACCGAAGACCCCCGCAGUCAGCUUCUGCAGCUCAAGAAAGAGAAGCUGGAGUACAUACCCGGGGAACAUGAUUACGGCUUGUUUCCGGCACCCAUCCAUGUCGGAAAGUACCUGAGACAGAAGCGCGUUGAUUUCCAAUUGCCUUAUGACAUCCUAUGGCUGUGGAAACACGAUCAGCUGUACAAAAGGCCCGAUGUCCCUCUUUACAAAAAGAUCAGAUCGAACGUGUAUGUUGACGUAAAGCCUUUCUCCGGGUACGAGACGACGACGUGCAACUGUAAAAUUCCCGAGACUCGUUCUGAAAAAGGUUGCCUGGAUGACUGCCUCAACAGAAUGAGCUUUGCCGAGUGCUCCCCCAGCACUUGUCCGUGUCGCGGCUUCUGCGACAACCAGCAUAUCCAGAGGCACGAUUGGGUUCAGUGUCUGGAGAGAUUCCGGGCCGAGGGCAAGGGCUGGGGCAUCCGCACCAAGGAAAGCCUCCGCUCUGGCCAGUUCAUUAUCGAGUACCUGGGAGAAGUGGUCAGCGAGCACGAGUUCAGGAGUCGCAUGAUGCAGCAGUACUUUGCUCACAGUGGCCACUACUGUCUGAACCUGGAUAGUGGCAUGGUGAUUGACAGCUAUAGAAUGGGCAACGAGGCACGCUUCAUCAACCACAGCUGUGAGCCCAACUGCCAGAUGCAGAAGUGGUCAAUCAAUGGGGUGUACAGAAUUGGUCUCUUUGCGCUCAAGGACAUCAGCAGCGGUACCGAGCUCACCUAUGAUUACAACUUCCAUUCCUUCAACACGGAGGAGCAGCAAGUAUGCAAGUGCGGCUCGGAGAGUUGCCGAGGGAUCAUCGGCGGGAAAAGCCAGCGUAUCAACGGAUUGCCUCCCAAGGUGGCCGGUACUCGGCGACUGGGUCGACUCAAAGAGAAACGGAAAUCCAAACACCAACUUAAGAAACGAGAGGAAGACUCAAGUGACAGCAACAAGUUUUACCCUCACCUCAUGAAACCCAUGUCAAACAGAGAAAGGAACUUUGUCCUCAAGCAUCGAGUGUUCCUCCUGAGGAACUGGGAAAAAAUGAGAGAGAAACAGGAGUCGCUGAAACGAGAAGGUGAAAGAGAUCGAGACCCCACCAACCUCUCGCUGUAUACCCGCUGGGGAGGAGUCAUCCGGGAUGAUGGCAACAUCAAGUCAGAUGUUUUCCUCACCCAGUUUUCAGCCCUGCAGACAUCCCGGUCAGUACGUACGCGGAGGCUUGCUGCUGCUGAAGAAAACACAGAAGUCACACGCACCGCUCGCCUUGCGCAUAUCUUCAAGGAGAUUUGUGACAUGAUUACCAGCUAUAAGGACUCAUCCAGCCAGACAAUCGCUGCUCCGCUCUUGAACCUCCCGUCACGGAAAAGGAACAGCCAUUACUAUGAGAAGGUGUCAGACCCUCUGGAUUUGAACACCAUUGAGAAGCAAAUCCUCACGGGCCAUUACAAGACCGUCGAAGCAUUCGACACUGACAUGCUCAAAGUGUUCCGCAAUGCUGAGAAAUAUUACGGGAGGAAGUCGUCCAUUGGCAGGGACGUAUGCCGGCUGCGCAAAGCCUACUACAGUGCCCGUAACGAGGCCGCCGUGCAAAUCGAUGAGAUUAUGGGCGAGACCGCCAGCGAGGCUGACAGCUCCGACUCGCUGGAGCGUGACCGGGGCCACCUCCACGGCGUGGCCGGAUCCCAUGACAAGGAUGAUGACAUUAUCCGCUGCAUCUGUGGCAUGUACAAGGAUGAAGGCUUGAUGAUCCAAUGUGAAAAGUGCAUGGUUUGGCAACACUUUGACUGCAUGCGCUUGGAGACAGAAGUGGAGCACUAUCUGUGUGAGGAGUGUGACCCGAGGCCAGUAGACACGGAAGUUCCCAUGAUACCUCAACCCAGCUAUGCCCAGGCUGGCUCUGUCUACUACAUCUGCCUCCUAAGAGAUGAGCUGCUUCUCCACCAAGGAGACUGCGUGUACCUGAUGAGAGAUAGCAGACGCACAUCCGAGGGCCAGCCCAUCAGACCCUCUUACCGUCUCCUGUCUCACGUUAACCGAGACAAACUUGAUAUCUUCCGCAUCGAGAAACUCUGGAAGAAUGAAAAGGGUGAGCGCUUCGCCUUUGGCCACCAUUACUUCCGUCCUCACGAGACACACCAUUCGCCAUCACGCCGGUUCUACCAGAACGAGUUAUUUCGGAUGCCACUCUACGAGAUCAUCCCUCUUGAAGCAGUGGUGGGAACCUGCUGCGUUCUGGAUCUCUACACAUAUUGCAAAGGACGGCCAAAGGGGGUGAAAGAGCCAGAUGUGUACAUCUGUGACUACCGCCUGGACAAGUCGGCUCACCUCUUCUACAAGAUCCAUCGUAACCGCUACCCAGUUUGCACCAAGACGUACGCCUUCAACCAUUUCACCAAGCGGCUGACGCCCAAGAGAGACUUCUCGCCUCACUACGUACCCGACAACUUCAAGAGGAACGGGGGCCGCUCGGCGUGGAAAAGCGAGCGUUCCAAAGGAUCCGAAGGCUGCGAGGACGACGGCUCAUCGUGCGAGCGAGCCGACGACUUCCCGCCCGAGGCGGAAAGCAGGAGAUCGGAGGAGGACGCCGACACGGCUGCGGGCGGUCCUGAACUUUUAGCCGACAAGCAAGUAGAAGGGGCCAAUGAUGACGGGGAAGGGCCUGAGGCUGUGGAGCAAAAGCAGCAGCAGCAGCAGCAAGAGGAGGGCUCGGCAGAAAGGAUAGGGCAAAUGCUCGAGCAGCCGUCCUUGUCGGCCUGCUCGUCGCUUCACCAGCCUGCGCUGGGCAGGAGAGAGGCUCAAAGGGAGCGGCUCAACAAGAUUCUGCUGGAUCUGCUGCACAGAACACCAAACAAGAAUGGUGAGGGAGCAGGGGCACAGGAGGCUGCUGGGUCGACAGAUGACUGAGGGCUUCAGAACUUGAAUGCUUCCCAUGAGGUGGGUGGAGGCAGGAAUAUUCAUUCAGAAAAGGGGGAAUCAACUGGGAACAUUGAGGAAAACGAUGACUCUUUUUCACACAGGCCACUUUUAACAGAUGAACGAAGGGACACCAGUCAUAUUGUGCAGAGACGGAUGGGAAGAUAUUUUUGUGCUUCUCACUUGCUUACAAAAACAUGUAGCUUUGAAUUGAAUGAUUUUUUUUUUUUUCGGACUGCAUCACUGAAUUCCAAUAGACCAAAACACCUUGUUCAAUGUUGAUGUGUCUCCAGGAAUCACCGAAGAAGAAUUUGCUGACAAAGCAUGGCCAGAAUCGGAUUGAGGAGCUAACAUAUUUCAUUAGCAUUUAAUGAUCAGGAAGAUACAUACAGAAUAGCAGGGAGCCUUCAUCUUGCAAAGACUAAUCACACUACCCAAAAUGAUAAUACCCCAACACCUGUCUACAAAGUGGUGAUUUUUUUAUUAUUAUUUUUUAAACGUCCCCCUUGUCCUACCUGUCACCUUCCCGUAAAGCAGUGAGCACUUUGUGGACUAACACAACAUUUGUAGGAGAGCCCUCUCUAAAGAUAUUGCUUUGAUUUUUGACCUUCCCUUCCUUUCAAAGCUGCUAAGCGUCCCCUUUUUGUCUUCUUCCAACAGCCGUAGAUGUCACUUAUCUCCUGGAGGAGGGUGCAAGGCGGCGCCUACGGCCAAGGACGCUCACAUUUGCCCAUUUUGUUGGCAGAAUGUAAACAUUUCAACAACGAGCCGAGCCGAGCCGUCUGCCUUUCACCUUCUAAAGCAAGGGAGAUAGAUGAUAAGAUAAGAAAGGAAAAGAGUCUCAUUGGCUAUCCAAACCCUUCCAGACCGUAAUGCAUCAUUUGGACCUUCGAGGUCACCUCUUCCAAGAUCUCAACUCACUCUUGAGAUGGUGGUGGAGGGGGUUUGGAAGCACCGACUUUAUGUCAAUGUUUUCAAGGAGUGUUUUUUUUUUUUUAAGAUGAACAUAGGACAAAAAGCCCACCCAUCAAGUGAAAGCACACCUUUGGUGGUACUGACUGAAAGAUGGCUCUCACUCCAUCGGUCCAGAUGAGAAUGCUGGAGAAUUGCUCCUCCUUGUAGGCCCGUGCGAGAGGUGCAAGAUGCUGCUUGUGGCUAGACUGCACUUUUGGUGCCAUGGAUAACUCUGUAUCUGUAUUGAAAAGACACUAAAACAGUACUUACUUGAUCAUGCAGUGUGGGGGGGAAACAAAAGCAAGUCUAUCUAUCAUCUCUGACCUGUUAUAUUGUAGUCAGCCUCAUGGAGACACGGACUAGACCUAUUUGUUUUUUUUAUGAGCGUUUGAGCGCUUUGUUUUGUCACACACAGCGUGUUACUGAAUUUUCCGUUUUCUUCCCCUCCCUGUGAAACGGUCAGCUUUUCAACCAAUGGAUUCACCAGCUUAACUAAAUCAGGUGGGAGGGACGCUGGCUUGAACUGUACCGCCUUACUCAGCUGUGCUCUCUGACUGCCUGUUUUCGGAGUCGACACGAUUUCCUCGAGAUGACCUUUUUUUUUUUUUUUUAAUGAGAAAAACAAAAACAAACAAAAAAACCAAGGGCUUAAUGGCAAUGAACAGUUUUAUGAAAACAACGCUUCACAUGAAAUGGUCAUCAUAGUCAUAUUUUCUUAAAUUCUGUGGUGAGAGUUGUAUAUUGGGAGGGGAAUGAACUUUUGUUGCCAUGGUUUGAAAAGAAUGGGUGAUGAGAUUUUGCCCCCCCUGACCCCCCCCCCCCCCCUCCCUUCUGUGCGCAAAAGGGACAAGCUUGGGUGUCCGUCCCCACGUUGUAAACUGACAAAGGAUCCAUUGGAAAGACCUGACACUGAGGAUGGAGAAUUGUAACGCUUGGGGUGUACAGUGCCAAGCGAUGUGUACAUAGACACACUUUACACGGAAGGCUUUCUCCUAAAGCAAUAUCUUGACAAAUGAUUUUGUUUAUUGUUGGACUGUACAGGACUCGGCCCUAAAUGUAUUGCCAUGAUAAUGCUAAUAUUUUAAUUGCUUUUUAUCGCUAUUAUGAAGACACUUAAACUCUGAGGAAAAUACUUUUGUAUGCCUCACCACCAUGACUUACUUCCCUGACAACAUAAGAAGCAUAAGUUAAGUUUGAUUGCCUAGAAAUGGAAUUCAUGUCUAGGCGCGUGAGCGAGAAGAAUGUCAAAAGGAGGCAUCGGGCCAUGGCAGUGACACCCUUGCCGCUCGCUGUUAAUAAUAUUGCUUUUAUAAAGGAGGCGUGUGUGACUCCUUGUUUUUGUUUUGCUGCAAAGUGUUGAACACUAAAAAAGCUAGCCAACCGAUAAAUGUUCUGAUAUUUUCCAGCAGCGAUGAACAGAAAGGAAGCUGUCAGACCACGUUCUUGUUAUUAUUUUUCCAAUAGGAAACGCUUCCGUUUUGUGAUAGCGGUCAUCGUAUGAUGCUUGUGCUUGUAUUUGUGUGUUUUCUGUGAUUUCUUUAGUUCUUUUUAGACAAUCACAAAAAAAGAUGCAAGCAUUGUAAAUGGCAAAUUGGCUGACAUUUUGUGACGUGUACAGUUUGUCAAAAACCUCUCCCACUCGUUUGUAAUUAUGAUUCUUAAGUCAUGGAAAUAUGAUGUUGGUUUUUACUUUUUGUUUUAUAUUUGUUUGUUCUUUUUUUUUUUUUUUCUAAUAAAAAGCACUACAUUAUUGCGAA